GACGAACUUGUCAUGCUGAAGAAGCACGGGGUGGUUCAAAGAAGAGCUAAUAUAGAGAGGGGACUUUGAUCCCGGUAGCAUCACAAUAGGCCUCCUAAAGACCUAGGUGUGUCGUAAGACAACCACUCUAACACUCUACCUACCUACCAACCUAUCUACCAAUAGAUUACAACUCGAACAUUCUGGCAACUACGAAUUUCGCUGUCUAAUUGGUUCUAGCGGUUAUCGUCGAUUGUAUUUGGUUCUGGCAUUCGUGUUCGUCACAGUAUGAAAAAGUUCUUAUUGAAUGCAUGUGAAAUUGAAAAUAAAACUUAAGAGGAUUUUUAAAAUUUAUAAGUUAGACUUUCAUUAUGUCGAAAAUCUUUACUCCAACAAACCAAAUACGUCUAACAAAUGUAGCAGUUGUAAGGCUAAAAAAAGGUGGCAAACGGUUUGAAAUUGCUUGUUACAAAAAUAAAGUACUAUCCUGGCGGAAUAACACAGAAAAAGAUAUUGACGAAGUUCUUCAGACUCACACUGUUUUCAUAAAUGUGUCCAAAGGACAAGCUGCAAAAAAGGAAGAACUAAUCAAAGCAUUUGGAAAAUGUGAUGAAACCGAAGUGUGCCAGGAGAUUUUAGCAAAAGGAGAACUCCAGGUAUCUGAGAAAGAACGGCAAUCUGUUCUAGAUGCCCAAUUAAAUAGCAUUAUAAACAGUGUGGCAGCGUUAUGUGUUAAUCCUGAGACUCGUCGACCCUAUCCGGCAACCAUUAUUGAAAAGGCGUUGAAGGACGCUCAUUUUUCCAUUAAAAUGAACAAAAACGCAAAGCAACAAACACUAGAUGCUAUAAAAUUACUCCGUGAGCAUAUACCUUUAGAGCGUUCACGCAUGAAGCUCCGUGUAUCUUUUGCUGGUAAAGAGGGAGGCAAUCGGCUAAAAGAGUCUGUUAGUAAAUUAGCUACUAAAGUUGAGCAUGAAGAAUGGGAUGAUGCCACUUUGCAUAUGACAUUACUUAUAGAUCCUGGGAAUUACCGUGCUAUCGACGACCUCAUACGAAAAGAAACAAGAGGCAAAGGACUUGUUGAACUAAUCGAGCUAAAGGAAGUGGUGGAGAACGAAGAAGUUUUUUAGUUUUGAUAAUAUAUUCGUCAAAAAUUUUUACUAUAACAACGUAUUUUAUUUCUCAAAGUUCAACACAUUUUACAUUGAAGAACUUACAUUAAUCGAAGGAAAAGUUCCAAAACUUUUUCAUUUUUUUUCAUUCAUUCAAACGCUCGGGAUAACACAUUUGCCGAUCGCUUUUGAAAAUCGGUCGGUGUUCUUAAUAGGAGUUAUUACAAUAAAAAUAAGUAUAACCUUUUUAACAAUGUA